GGAUGGGAGGGGAGGGGAGGAGGUUCCGCUUCCGCCGAGAGCCGGAAGUUACUGUCUCCGGGGUGAACGCGGCUGUCGCAACGAGGGAAGGAGAGUGCUGGUUCACCCUCCUGCAGACAUGGGGCGCAGAAAGUCAAAACGGAAGCCGCCCCCAAAGAAGAAGAUGACAGGCACCCUGGAGACCCAGUUCACCUGCCCCUUCUGCAACCAUGAGAAAUCUUGUGACGUGAAAAUGGACCGUGCCCGUAACACUGGAGUCAUCUCUUGUACCGUGUGCCUAGAGGAAUUCCAGACUCCCAUCACAUAUCUGUCAGAACCAGUGGACGUGUACAGCGAUUGGAUAGAUGCCUGCGAGGCGGCCAAUCAGUAGCAAUGCAGAAGGCCCACCCCCUUGGCAGACCAGCUGCCAUGGACCGGCCCACUGGGUACCAUUCCAGAGACAUUCCUGAGGUCCAGGGUGUGGGUCCAGGGCCCUUACAGCCGCGCGCGUGCGUGUGUGUGUGUGUGUGUGGUGGACGUGAGUGUGAAUGUGUGGCUGCAAGUGUGGCCAUGGAGGUGUGCUCAUGGGCAGGGGCUGGAGUUGAGGGGUUUCUGGGCUCCAGGGGCCUGAACUGCCUCCUUCGGAUCCAGAAGCCUUUGACUUGCUCCCUCUUUCGUCCCCUGACUGCCCUGGCUCCAGGGCCCUGGCUUCUUCCGGGGUCAAUGUCCUAACAUCCCAGGUGAGGGCAGGCCCUGCAGAGGCAGCCUCCUCACCCGCCUCCCCGGUACCUCACCCAUCUGAACUGGACUGCCUGCCCUCUGCCUUCCAAGGACUGUGGCCUGGGGUUCAAAGCCACGGGCCCUUCAGCUGGGCCCUCAGAGGGUGGCUCUGGUUCAUGUUUAGUUGCUUUUAUAGAAGAUGAAGGAGCUGGGUUGGGUCAACUGUUAGUCGCGGCCUUAAAUAAAGCAGCUGAUUCAAA